UUGAACCUUUCUUGAUCACUGCAUCAGAGAGAGUAUCUUGAGGUUCGAUUAUCUGUACCAUUGGUCACCUUGACUUGUCAUCCUUUCUUGUUUAGUUGUUUCAUAGCCAUGUCUCAUACUCCGGUAUCGAUGGAUGCCCCGUUGGACGGGCUUGCAUGUCUGCACUUUGCUCUGAUUUAUAUCGAUGACAACGGGAAAUUACGCUUCGAAGCAUCACCUUCGAUUGCAGACAGCUGCCAAACAAUCUUGUCACCGAACGUGACCGAAAGCUUUCUACGCGCCGUGGCCUUGUCGGGAAAAGAUGAGUCGAAUAAACUUCUGGAAGGGUCAAGAGGCAGAAGUCCAUUGACGCCAGAGUCUCCCAAUAGCAAGUCGAUGUUCCGCGCUACCCCAGAGCCAUCUUCCAACAAGCGAAAACGAGUAUCGCAUGAGUGUCUUGUACCAAUGAGCAUUACCUGUCACCAGAAGACCAUGCUUCCUGUUCGCAAUGCAAGUGUUCUCCGGAGAUACUACGAGAAGGCCUUCGAUGGCCUACAACAGAUCAACUGCCGCAUUCUCGCCAAAGCAUAUAUCAAGCUUGUUGAACCCCGCAAGCAGGUCAACUACCCGUACAAUGGACGCAAGAUCAUUUCUGGGACCUCUCAACAAUUUGAUCCCGAGCUCACCAAGCCAGCAUGGUGGCCGGCAGGCGUUACCCACCGAGAACCUGACCACCUGCUUAAGAAUGAGAGAAUCAAACUCUUGGUACACAUUUUGUGCGAACUGCGUGAAAGUCACGCCAUCUGCGUCGAGAAGCUCAAAGAAGCGGAUCAAUCUGUACGCCGGCAAAUAUCACCUGUCGAACGGUUAGCUAUCCUUGAUGAGAUCUACCAUGUUCGAGGGGAGGAAGAACGGUACUUGGAAGGCAGAACGGAUGGGCCCAUGGUAGUAUGCGUAUCGCGGGUCCACCUUCCGGAGCAGCUCGCCGACAGUCAAGCAAUGGGGUCGCCGACCGGUUCCUCCAUGAAAGACAGCAUCAACCCUGUAUAUCGGAAAGAGAUCCCUGACAUGGAAUCCCAUACCUCAGUCUUCCCCUCCACUAGCAGCUCCCCCGUGCCGCCGAAGGGCAGUCACAGCACUGGUCCCGCCAAGUCCAUUGACCCCUGCAAAGGCCCUACCAUCCAGGUUUCGUGGGACAGCAGCAACCACACUUCUUCAUAUGCACCCAUUAGCAGCAGCAGCGCCACGAGAAGGUCACGCGAUGGCGAGACCGCCGCUGGCUACCCUCUUGACCUGGCCAGCAGCUCCAUGUAUCACCACGAGCCAUCCUCACUUGACGCCAGCACGUUACCCCUCCGAUAUUAUCCUCACACCCAAGCGCAGCAGACGCUGCCUGUGAUCGGGUUAUCGAGCAGUGAUCUUGGAGGAGGCAUGCCGAACCCGUAUUAUUUCAAUUAUUGAUCAUCAUAUUUGCAUCGAACGAGGACUUAGAACAAUCGCGUUGUCUCGCUCCCACCGGGUGGUUGAGAGGGUCGCAUCACUGGGCGGGAUCGUUCCACUAACUUUAGUUUUUAAUAUCGGAUGAACUUAUCAUAUAGAGAAGGAAGGAAGGAAGGAAGGGAAACAUAGAAGGUCUUACAUGUACUUACCUCUUUUCUUUUGUUUUUGACUCCGCCCAUUUUCGGUUUGCAUAUGCAUGGAGGAGGGUUUAGAGGGCUGGUUGUAUAGAUGAGAUGGGAUGAAAAAGGGGAGCGCAUUGAUGUACAUAUUCCCAAUACUUAAUCAUAG